AUGGGCCUCGGUCUUGUACCUAUGCCAGUGCCCGCAGUAGCAGGUUCAAAGAGGCAAUCUAGACCUAGCACGAAAGGCUUGCUCGCCCACCUCAUGCUGGCACCCGUAAUUUCUAUUCCUUUCACCGUCCAAACAACAUUUGUCCUGUACAUGAGAGCGGUCGCUGCUCUAGCUUUCUCGACAUGUCGUACAACACCUCGGUCUGGACUCAAGGCCGGCACCCGUGGUUUGCCUCCUAAUAUCACCAAGGCCCGUUGCUGGCGCCUCUGUGCCGAGGAAGCGGGCACGCGGAUGUGA